CCUUAACUCACGCAAGCUCCAAACCAAACGUUCUUCCUCUUCUUCUUGCUUUCCAGCUUGGCGGCUUUAGGUUGGGGUCACAGUACCAACUAGCCGCAUGGAAGAGUCGUAAACCUCUCGCCUCAUCGUUUUCUUCUUCUUUGCCGGUCAACCCCCAUCCCCCGUCAUGCUUGUCCGGCGGCCGCCGCCCUUCGGCGUCACUCUCGGCAUCGUGCCACGGUGCUUUCCACGUUCAGUGCCAGUCACGAUGACGACAAUACCACUUGUCAAAACAACACCCACCCAAAAUGUUGUUGCAAUCUAUCAUGGGGCGGGCCCAUCACAUUCACAAUGGCAAUUACAGCUUUUUCGUCCUAUGUCUAGUGGACCGCUACCUCAGGCUCAGAAUACGCCAGCAAUCGCAGAAGCCGCCCGCACUCGGGGUGGGAAGGGGAAUUCUUCUUGGCGGAUGAUGCAGAUUGUUCGCUUCAGAUUGGCUUCAACUUUAACUCGGUCGUCAUCGGAAAUGGUGCAAAAUAAGAAGGGGGGGAAUCAAGCGCAAGCGCGGGCUCAGGGUCAGGUUCAGGCACAGGGUCAAACUCAGCUACGACCGACUGCUGCAAAUGGGGUCCCGCAGCUUAAGGCGCCAAAUCUCGAAUAUCCCGAGCGUUUGCUUAUAUACAAUGCCGGCAAGGGAAAAAUCAUCUUCAUCGCCCUCCUCAAACUCACCACGGUACUGAUCUUCUCCGCCUUCGGCCUCUUCGUUGCUCCGGCUUACAUUGUCAACGGGUCUCCACUCGCCGGCGUCGCCAUCUUCACCUGCGGUCUAACCCCCUUCCUCUUCCUCGCCCACUCCUCCCGCCCCUUCGUCGCUCAAAUCCACCUUACCAAGCUGCCCCCAUACGCUCGCCUAUCCUCCGACGUCCUCCUCCGCUUCGCGCGCUCCCUGCCCCCACAGUCCGCUUCCCGUCUCGAAUUUGUCACCAUGUCACUGAUCGGCAAGCCCCGCGUGAGCAGCGUAGCCAUAUCGGAUAUACGACCUGUUCCUUCCUCCCAGAAGGGAUUCUUCAAGAAGGGGAAUUUCGUCCGGGUUGAUCAAACCCCUGCUAGCUCUACAAUAACAGAAGCAAAGGGCAAGAGCAGCAGCAAGCCAUUGACGUCCGCACAAUGGAAAAUCCAACAACUCCAACUCGAACGGCAACAACUGAAAGACGGAAAACAGCAUGGAUGGAGGCAAAAGAUUCUCUCCUGGACUCGGUUCAAGACGGUCAAAGAGUUUUAUGUUACUGAUGUUCCCCAAAAGACGGCGGAGAAGAGAGGAGUGAAGGAGGCGAGGGUUUGGGAGGAGAUUCGGGGUUUGAUUGAGAAAAGAGCGAUUAGGGAGGCGGAGAGAAGGAAGGGGGGUAAGUGAAGGGAGGGUGAGAGCCGAGGAGGGAGUAGGGACUGGUGGAAGCGAGUGGCAGGGUGUAUUUGUGGGUGUAUAAAUAGUUGCCAAUAGACUAGUGAUUUGGUCGGGGUGGCCAGAUGAUGAUGCUUGUAUCUGUGGAAGGUGAGGCGCGAAGGGCUCAUUGAUAUCAUAGACUUGACAUGUUUCUUCCCUUGGGAGUUUAGGUAUGCGGUAUCUCGUAUAUGAUUGCAC